AUGGAAAACAGCAGCCAGAAUAUCAUGAUCAGCCCUGAGGCAACUCUUGCUGAACCCUCAAUGCCCAAAGAGCCCGCGAUGGUGCCAGACGAAAGAACCACAUCCGUGGCAACCCAGUCGCCUCCAGAUUCCAGUUCACCUGAACCACCAGCCACACAGAAGAGGAAAGCGUUCGUUGCAUCAGACGCUGCUAUUGUGACUCCGACUCUUGCUCCCAAACGUCGUCGCCUGCAUGUAACGCCUGCUUCUACCUGCAGCAGCCCCCUGUUUGACCCCUCCGCUGCCAACAGCACCACUCCAAGCCACAAGGAUCUCUACGGCGACGACGACGAAUUGGAAAGUAUUAGCAUUCCUUCCUUGCGGGAUCUCCAAACUCCUCACCGCCGACACCGAACGUACCAGCGAAGGAACUCAGUCACCAAGUUUUCCCUCCAAGCUACUGCCAAACACAUGUCCGUAUUGGAAGCCGCAAAGAAGACACUGGAAAAGCUCCGCGAACAACAGGGUAACGGUGGCAAUGUUCAAAGUGAUUCCUUCCGUUCCAUCUUCCACGGCUAG